CUCAUUAUUCAUUAUUGCCCUGCAAAAGAAAAGAUUUUUAAUGAAAAAAGAAUCCAAAUGAUGUAAAGCGGAGCAUCCCCUUUCCCUCUCUCUCAACACUUUCUCUCUCAAAAAGUUCACUUGCUUGGUUGGACCUCUGCACUUCUUUUGCCUACAAAGAUUGAGAGAUUGCCUUCUUUGUAAGGCGAAAUUUCUGGGGUUUUGCAUGAAUGUGAUUCUGGGAUUUGUUCUGUAUAGCAAGAGAGAGAGAGAGUGAGAGAGGAAGGGAGAGAAAGAUGCCCAGACCAGGACCUAGACCGUACGAGUGUGUAAGAAGAGCGUGGCAUAGUGAAGAGAGGCACCGACCCAUGAGAGGAUCAAUCAUUCAAAAGAUUUUCAGAUGUGUACACGAGAGACACAGCACUGUUACUAAGAAGAAAUCUGAGUGGCAAAUCAAGGUUCCAACUGUUGUCUUCAAAGCUGAGGAAAUAAUGUACUCCAAAGCUAAUUCUGAGGCUGAAUAUAUGGAUCCUGAAACACUCUGGGAUAGGGCUAAUGAUGCUAUUGAUGUGAUCAUUCGGAGGGAUGAGAGUACAGAGACUGGUCCGCUUUUACCUCCUUGUGUUGAAGCUGCUCUACUUCUCGGCUGUGUUGCUGAAAGGACAUCUCGGAGUGAACGAAACAGUAAACCCAGAAAUUACUUACCCGCAAGUACUCAAGAAUUUCACGCUGUGUCUCCCAAAGUGUCAAAUCAAAGAACAAAUGAUCAUAACUCAAACUCCCUGUCUCCCAGUUCUGCAAGCCGACAUACCUUUGGAAGACCUGCACUUAAGAAUUUGGUCACUUUGGCUUCAGAGUCAAACAAACCAGGACUACCUAAAACAUUAACUAUGGGUGCAGUGUAUCCAUUGUAUGAAGGCACCGACUUCCCGCCUAGAGCCUCACCCUCGGGCUUUAAUGGGCCUCAAACUCCUCAAAGCAAUAUGAUUUGUCACAGACCGAUUUAUCCAGAAGUCGACCAUUUCCAGAGUUUUCCCUCUAAACCUGUUGGAAAUGGUGCUCAAAAUGAAAAAACAGUCCUCAGGGGUGCUCCUCAAGAAGAAUGUGAUUUGUCUUUGAGGUUGGGUCAGUCUUUAGACUGUGGUUUGCAUUUGGGGAACACUUCAGUUGGGCCAACUGAUGAUCCCAAUGAAAGAGGCAAGUCCAAGGUUAUAUCUGCUGCUAAUGAAAGAGAAUUUUGCUUCUUUAGAGCAGAAUCUACAAAGGAGCCUUCUAGAUUCUCUAUGAGCUGUUGGGACCCUGAGGUGGAAGGUAGAGACUUGGGUUUGAUUUCCAGGAAGCGUAAAGAAGCUCCCACUUCUAGUCAUUUCACUGGUCAACUAAAAAGACCAGGUUUGUAAACAAUCAACAUAUUCAACAUGUAUGUUGUAUUAUAAAGUUUUGAGGAAGAUUUUUUUUCGGGUGGCCCCCAAUACUCUCAUCCAAGUUCCGCGCAGAAUGCUUAAAUGUGAAGAUUUACAUGAUGUUAGCAAGGAGAAAGCAAUAGUACUAGAUUAGAACAUAUGCUGGAAAGAAGAUACUACGUACUUCUUAGCACAUUAGGGCCAGUUCGGAAUUCGGAUCAAGGGGUUUUGUAAGGGAAGACUUGGAUGGCUGUCUAUAUCUUGAAAAAUACGAGGGAUUGGACUCUACACUAUUUUUCAUCAAAAGUUGGGUUUGCACCUCAUUUUCAAAAUCAAUAAUAUUUGCACCCUAAAGUGGAAAAAGCAUUUAAAAUUGGGCACAAACUCCAAUUUGAAAGAAGAAAAUGGGGCAUAAACUCUGAUCUUUGUGCAGCUAUUGAUGAUUUUGAAAACAUGUGUGAAUUCAAAAUUUGAUGAAAAUUUGAGGUGUGAACUCCUAUUACCCUACAUAUAAUUUUUCUAAAAUAAAUAGAUGGUGAGUGAAGUGUUAAUCACAUACAGGAGUAUGUGUUACUCUUUCACUAUUUAUAAAAUCUUAAAUAUAUGCCAAGAUAUAGCCAUUGUGUCUCCAAAACCCUCUAUGGCUCUAUCCAAGCUGACCCUCACAGUCCACUAACUUAUUACACUCUAUUGAUUGGGGAUGUCCUUCACCAUUGUUUUACAAGUCCGGUGUCACGAUGUUCUAUAGAUUACCAAACAUUUUUUGUUUUGUGCCAUUGGUUAAUGUAAAGUAUUGUAUUAGAGUAUUGUGAAGUAAUUGGUUACAUCACAUGUACAACAUUUGCAAUGGGUUUCAGUGCCAGUCAGGCGGGUUUCUAUAACCAUUUAGUUUUCUAUGUUUGUAACUUUGUACCUUUCAAGUUCCUCUCAUAGUCUCAUUUAACAAAGGAAGCAUUUAUACCUUCG